AUGCUAGGAAAUUCAGGUCUAAUAAACGAUGAAACACGCACUGGGCGACACAACGAAGCUCUACGGUGGUAUUCGCGGUCUUUGACUAAUCUACAACGCAAAAUCAAUCAAGGUACUGCAGAUAUUGUUGUGGUACUCGUUAGUUGUGCUAUUUUCAGCAUCAUUGAGGUUUUGCAGGGCAAUUUGUGGGCUGCUGUGAUGAUGCAAAAGCAUGCUACGGAUCUGAUCAUCAAUACUCUGACAAGGGCAGAAGAUACAAAGUCAACCAGAUAUGCCGCAGUGAAUAAAAUGGUCGUGCCGUUUUUUAUGCGAAUGGAUGCAUUUGGUCUGAUACUUAAUGAUGAUCUAGUAGUAUCGAAAAAUACGACACGAAUUUCCAGUGUUCUGAAACUUGAGACCGGGUUUACCACUUUAUCAGGAGCUGGGACGGCUCUAUAUGCUCUCGUCGCUGAGUGGAAAGUUUUCAAUCAAGAUGCUUUUCGGCACUUUCGGGGUGUCGUAGAUGCCCAAACCGCCGAAAAGGCAUACCUUACUGCAAGACAAGCAGAGCUUGAGAACCGCCUUUUGUGUUGGCAUAGACAAUUACUCUCGUUGGAAGCCAUGAACCAAUUCCAAAAUCCGCAGUCGAGGGGGGAUUCCUUGACUAGAAAAACAGGUGGCGCAAUUGCGCUCUUGUUGAUGGUUUAUACAAGCACGCUGAUUCAUACUCAAACCGCCCUCUCGGACAACGAAACAGACUACGACCGCUACCAAGCGGAUUUCGCACAGAUCAUAGAUUAUGCUCCUAUUGCAUUAACAGCAACCGCAGUCGACGAUGAUGGGGAUCUACAACCACAUUUUGCAUUUGAGUUAGGCAUUGGAUCGCCACUCUUCAACACUGUGCUGAAAUGUCGAUCACCCUCGUUACGAAGACAGGCGCUGCGGUAUCUGGCUCAGACGCCUCCUAUUCAGAGUAUAUAUACGGGUAUACACGCGGCAGACCUAUUAGCUGCUCUUGUCGCGAUUGAAGAGGACAAAUCACUCUAUGAGGCUACUAUAACCGAGAGUCAUAUUAACGGAAAGGUUAUUCUAGACACAAUACUGGCUACGCCGGGAAGGAUUCCCACGCUUACGGAGAGAGUACGAGACUAUAUGCUUCUGCCACCGGAAUCAACUGCAGAGACCCAGAUGUAUUUUUGGGUACGAUAUACUCGGAAUGAGGCUAAUGGGAGAGAUCGGAAAUGGCAACUUGUAGAGGAAGAAUCUCGAAUUCUAUCUAGACUUCAAUCUCGGUACAAAUAA